UAAACAAUGAAAAAAAUACCAUGUACCUUUCCUUACUCUAACACUAAAGAGUUCCAAAACAAGAGAUCUUGAGUGAAUUAAUCAUGAGUAAACUGGAUGUUUUACGUGCAAUCGUGAGUUAGAGUAUGAAGUUUUCAUAAACCGAGGAAAAUGAAUAGUAGACUUCUUGAGGCAAUUGAAUCCGACGAUUUGGAAGCUGUUAGAACUUUAUUGAGAAACCAGGAACACAAUAAACAUUACGAUGUUAAUGAGGGUCUAUGUAUGGCGGCCAGGAACGGCCAAUAUGAUAUAGUUCAAGAGUUAUUCCAAAGUCAACAUAGACAACCGUCGGUGCAGUACAUUGACCAGAACCAAAAGCGGGCCUUAGAGUAUGCUGUUAUCUCUGGGAAUAUAGAUAUCGUUCGAUUUCUGUUAAAAGCUGGAUCUUUUGUCAACUGGUCAGAUGAGAAUGGCUUUCAGCCAUUGCACUUUGCUGCUCAGACUGGAAACGUGGCCAUGAUAAAUUUUCUCAUAGAGAAAGGAGCCCAUGUUUAUUCUGCAAGAACAAAUAAAGAAGGACUAACUCCAUUCCAUGUUGCUGUUGAUCAUGGUCACUUUGAUGCUGUGUUGGCGUUUAUUGAGUCGCGAACAGUGUCAGUCAACAUGAAGACAAAACUCCGACAAGGUGGACAAACACCCCUACAUAGAGCUGUAUUGAAAUCACACUUAAAAAUUAUAGAGCUGCUCAUAAAUCAAGGGGCUAGCAUUGAAACCAAAGAUUCUGAAGGCAGGCAAGCCAUUCAUUACGCUGCGCAAGCAGACGAUCCUCACGUUCUUGAGUACGUCAUUAGACUUGGUGCACACGUUGACGUCACUGAAAACUGUGGACGACGAGCAAUUCACUACGCAAUAUAUAAUAACAAAGAGGAAAACGUUGAAAUCCUUCUUAAACAUGGGGCUGAUAUAAAUGUCAAAGACGAUAAUUCUUACAUGCCUCUCUACAGUGGUGUUAUGGUUGAAAAUGUAGAAAUUGUGAAGAGCUUACUGCAAGCUGGAGCAGAUCCAAAUAAGUGCAAUCGAGUUUCCCGCCAAGAUUACGCACUUUUAAUGGCAGUUUCACUGGGAAACGUUGAUAUUGUACGAGUUUUAUUAGAUGCUGGAGCAGAUCCGAAUGUUACUGGUGCAAACAAGGCAACGGCGCUUCAUAAAUGUCAAAAACUAAAAAACAAAGAUGGACGUGAUGCAAUAUUGUUGAUGUUGAUCAAAUCGGGUGCUAAACUGAACGUCACAGAUAAAGAUGGAUACACUCCUCUCCAUAACUGCGUCAUGCAGUCUGUCUUAGGAAACUUCAGUUUGUCCACCAUGAAAAUCCUUGUUCAAGCAGGAUCUAGUCUUUGCAUGGAAAAACGAUCAUCUGCUGAUCAAUCGAGAACGCCUGGCUCGCCCAAUUCACCUCUGUGUUUCCUGGUCUGGCGUGGCUUUCUCGAGGCUGCCGAGUACCUCAUCCAAUGUGGCUGGGAUGUAUCUAGCGAAUCAUGGAUGUUUCUGCCAGGAAAAACACCGGAGCAGUCAAAGUUCCACCAACUGAUGCAAGAACUGACCAUGUCAGUACGCCCACUGACUAACAUCUGCCGGAAAAGUAUACGAGAACACCUUCUUCAAUGCUCUGUUGGAUCUGAAAUUCUAACAAGCAUUCAAAGCUUGCCAUUACCGGCUUCAAUUAAGAAUUUUCUUUCAUUCCAAGACUGAUAAAAAUCCUAAUUUGGGAAUUUAAAGAUUUCCAUGUGAAAAUCUAUUGUUUACAUUUGGUGGUGUGUUUCGACGCUUGUUUAUAUUUGGUGGGACGCUUAUCGUUUUCUCUAUGUUUUGAUGACAUUUCAAAUGACAUUACUAAAAUGAUUGGAGAACUGCUAGUCAUUCAUAAAAGCAUUUUGAAAGUUUUUAAAUUUAGUGCAAUAAUUGAGAUACCUGAACAUAUAUUUACUUGUUGUUUAUAGAAAUAGUUUAUUUGUUUAAAGACAGUGUUGUUAAUAUCCAUAUCAUUCGUUGAACGUUUUCAUAUAUGUUAUGUGGUUUUGUUUAUGUUAUCCUUUUAAUUUUUUUUAAAUGUUUUAGACAAGAAUUAAUUCCAUUAAACUAAAGUCAGGGGAAUCCAAAAUUAGAUCUCGUUUUGUAUACCACCUUUUCUAUGUUGAUAUUUUGUUAUGAUUAACAUUUAUUUAGUUUUGUGGUUAUUGACUUGUAUGUUGGCAUUAGCACGUUCGACCUGUAUGGGAUCGUGAAAAGUACACUGAAUGUUUUAGACCUGUAUGGGAUCGUGAAAAGUACACUGAAUGUUUUAGACCAACAAUUAUACUAGUCCAUUACAAUUGAUGCUGUCGUUAUUAGUAAUCGUAUUUUUAAAAAUGUAACUGCAACAGGUUACAUAUUUUGUUUAAUUGAAACCAAAUGUGAAACCCUA